GUGACAUCACAGGGAUUUCCUGCUGUUGUGGGGGCGAAAGGACUAAGCUCUAUAUAAGGAGGAGACCGUAGGGAAGAUCCCACAGCACUUUUGGGACAAGCGAUCAGCAAACAGCCCCGUGCCCCACUGGGCCUCUCUCAUUCUGCAACCCAGCAUUUAACCCGAGCUCCAUCGGAUCGUUCAGUGGACGCGGAACAGCCGUCGCUGCAGCCCCUGAAGUGAGAGACCAGACGUGGCAGAAACUCAGCAGCAUCUGAGAGAGCUCACGUGGAGAAUUACUCUUGGCUGAAGUGAACGUGCUACACAGGGCCAAAGACGAGUUGCCAGGAAAUAAUCAUGAGCGGCAGGACACCAAAUCUUACACCCCUAACUGGAGAAAAGAGAAAAACUGCAGAAGCAGCAAAGCAGAAAGCAAUGGAGAUUCUGAGAGAUGCCCUGAAGAAGAAGGACCGAGUGCUGAUGGAGAAGCCCCAGGAUCUGGUUUUCGGUGAUAGCAGAGAUCCCAAAUUCUGGAUGGAACGCCAUGCGAUACUGACAGAGGAGUUAGUUCGAGGCCUCAUCUCAGAGCUGGAAGUUGUGAAGUUUAUGGAGAAUCGAACCUGGGAAGAAACGUAUGCAUAUGUUUAUUCAAAGUCUGGAGACAAAACAGUGUAUUUGUGCAAGCCAUUCUGGGAGCUUUCUACAGAUCUUAGAGAAAAGUCUCAGCCAGGGACUCUUAUCCAUGAAGCGUCUCACUUCCUGGGGACACAUGAUAUCACCUAUUCCGAAGCCAGUAUCUAUGUUGCCUGCAGAGGGAAGUUGGUAAAAAGCAAAUCAGACCCCAGUGCCCCAGAUUUGAAACCCCUUGCGAAAGCAGUAUUAAAUGCUAACAACAUCAGUUAUGAAUUUGAAAUUACCCUAAAUCACAAAGGAAGAUACGAGAAUGGACGAUACUCCUGCUGUGGGGAAAAAGCCGUGAACUCCGUGUGUGAGAGCACUGUGCCUAAUGAGUUUCUCGCCUGCAAUUCCAGGGACAGCGAGAAGAGGAUGAACAUUGGUGAAAUUAUGAAGAAGUCGUUAUUGCCCACAGCAAAGAGACUGCAGGGUCACGUAAACCAACUUAGAAAUAUCGCAGAUGAAGUUGACGAAACUCAUAAAAAUGCUACAAAAUCAAAUGUUUGCGGUUGGUCAAUGGGAAUUGUUGGAGUGGUGGCUGGCCUAGCUGGGCUUGAUGUUUCUACAGGAGGAUUAAUUACUGAUGCUGCAGCAACCAUCACAGAUGGGGUGACAAGUUCUAACAAACAGAACGAAGUGGAGAAGAUCUUAAAGCAAUGUCAGGGUAUGCUGAAACCUAUUGUGACGGAAUUCAAAAUCUAUAGAGAUGGCCGUGAUACUGAUUCAUCACCAGUCCUAAAGACAAGUUUAGGAGCUGGCAAAACAGGACUUUCAGCUGAAAUCCGAACAGAAGCUGCAAAAAUAGAAGAAGUCAUUGAAAGAGUAAAUAAGUUUUACAGAUCAGUAGAAAGAAAAUAGGCAAGCAAAACGGCUUCCUCGCAACAUGAAAUGACUGUGGCUGAAAUCGUUCAGGUACAUUCUCUCCAAGAAAGUUCAGAAUCCAAAUAAAGCUUGAUGGACAAUCUAUUGGGCAAACCGAUCACACGUAGAACAUGCUGUAACUGCCCUUUCUUUAGGAGCCUAAGAACACAUCCCUGUAAAUAAGAGGUUCCACGCCAUGUUUGACAGCUAGUUCGGAUGAAUAAGACAGAGGCUGUAUCAUCACAAGGAGAUAUCUUCCAUUUCUUGCCCGGGGGCCAGAAGGGGCUGUUAUGCAGGACGUAAUGCUCAGGCGCCUCAUUGUUUUUGCUGAUACAGACUAACACGGCUGCCCCUCUGAAAAAAAUUCUACAAGACUGUUUUAUACAUAAUCUCCCCCACUCCCGCCCCCGUACAGGCACACUGUCUCCCACCGUCCCUUCUCCCCCUUAGGACAAUGAGCUCAAGAAUUAAGUGGUGAGGAUGGAAAGGUGUGUUUUAGUGGGACACUACUGAGAAUAUCCAACUCAGGACGAACUGCUGAGAAAAAAGGCAGUCACAGCCCAAGGCUGGCGGUUCUUCUCGUCUAAGGCACACCAGACCAGUCAGAAAGAGAACUGCUGUUUCACCACACUGGCUAACAAGAAGUCGGAGAAAGAAUUUCCUGAGAUACUCCAGUUCCUUUGUAUCACCACCAGAAACACUGCUUAUAGGGCUGAGGGGUUAUUAAAACCAGUGUCCCCAGUUAAAGGUUCUCCUGAUCCCAAAGGACCAGCCACACACCCAGGUCAAUAUAUAACUUAGAUCUUACCCCAAAAUCAUGCUGGUGCCAAUCCUUUAGUAUCUAGAAUCUAAAGGUUUAUUUAUAGAAAGA